AUGGUCGGCGCCGAGGCGGACAAAGGGGGACUUACAAAUUCCCUACCGGGAGAGGAAGAGGCGGAGGAUGAGACAAGCACUUUCUUCGAAGCGUCAUUGUUCGUAGACAAAAGCUACGUCCUGCGUUCCUUCUCGUUCAACGACAUCAGUGUGCCGCUCUACUGCCUCGCCGCCGCCGCCACGGAUUACGACUUGACAGGGCAGAUAGUGUGGCCGGGAGCAGCCAUACUAGCGGACUACCUCACAGCGCAUCCCCAGGAGGUGGCGGGCAAGGCCGUGGUGGAGGUGGGAGCAGGCGCAGGGCUGGCAGGGCUGGUGUGCGCGCACGUGGGCAGCACAGCCGUGAUGCUGACAGACCACAACAGCGAGGUGCUGCAGGUGGUGCAGCGCAACGUCGACCACCACAACCACCUCUUCCAACAAAGGUCGUCAGCCUCAUGCACCCCCAGCCUAGAGUGUGCGCAGCUGGAGUGGGCGGACCAGCAGCAUCUGGACGCGCUGCUAGCCGCGCACCCCAGCGGGUUCGACGUCAUCAUCGGUGCUGACAUAUGCUACCAGCAGUGCCAUGUGCCGCCUCUCUUCACCUGCAUCAAGGCACUGCUCUCAGCCCGCGAGCACGCCAUAUCCUCUUCUCAGCGCCUGUCAUCACACCAAGGUCCUCCUUGCCAUGAUUCGUUGCGUGACGCGCCGCAAGAUACAUCUGCCUGUGACGCGCGUGUGGCUGAGGAGGUAGCCUCACAGCAGGCCAAGCUGUCCCCCAGCUCUUUCAUCCUCGCAUACGUGGAGAGGCAUCUCAGUACAACAAAGGUGGUGUGGGAAGCAGCAGGGGCUUCAGGAUUGCACUUGGAAGUGAUUGAAGGAACAGAGACGAAAACAGCAGAUGGGUUUUACCAAGCUAGAAUAUACAGAGCAACCCUGCCUCCAAUGGUGUAG